AUGGGUGAUUCGGGAAAGCCUCUCAACCAGGAGUCUGUCUCGCGCCUCCUGAGCCAUUUCAGUGGUGAGGGUCCUCCAGCCAAUGAUCGAUGGGCAGCUCUGUGGGAUGCGGGCGACUUCCUCCCUUGGGAUCAGGGCAUUCCCAAUCCAGCGCUUGUGCAUGUUCUGCAAGAUCAUCGGGAUCUCAUUGGUGACUCUAUUUUUAUUCAUGACGACGAAAAGCAGGAGCGCCGGCGGAAGCGGGCGUUGGUGCCAGGCUGUGGGCGUGGAUAUGACGUUCUCCUCUUGUCCAGUCUAGGUUACGAUGCCUAUGGCCUUGAGGUGUCAGCCAAGGCAGUUGAAGAAGCCAAGACUUGGGCUGAAGAGCAUCUGAGCGAUUAUCCGGUUCGAGAUCCAGCGGUUGGACCUGGGAAGGCGCAGUUCAUUCUAGGCGACUUUUUUAGUGACGAGUGGACUGCGUGCAUGGCCCCGCUUGCCAAAUUCGAGUUCAUAUAUGAUUACACAUUCUUCUGUGCCCUUGCCCCUGACCUCCGUCCCUCCUGGGCUCGCCGGUACCGGGAUCUUCUUUCCAUGCAUCCGGAAAGUGCUAUCGUCUGCGUCGAAUUCCCGACACAGAAAAAGCUGUCCCUCGGUGGGCCCCCUUACGCCUCGCCCUCAUCCGCUUAUUUAGCGCACUUGAGUCACCCUGGACAGGAGAUUCAGUACGACGUCGAAGGAGUGCCGAUCAAUGUUGAGGGGCUCGAACACACGAAUGGAUUUCAGAGAGUCGGCCAUUGGAACGCUGAGGAGUCUCAUGCGAUGGGGAAUGGCAUGGAUUGGGUGAGUGUGUGGAGACGAUAG